UGCAUCUGGGUGUAAUAAAAGUGCACCGCGGAAGAUGCACGAAGCUAACAAUGUUCAAUCAGGACUCAACGAACCCGCAUACUGGUGCUAGGUAGGAAUAUUUCAUGUGUGUGUUGAUCUCGAUAUCUACAUUCUACUCGUACUGUCAUUUGAUAAAAGGCAAUGGAUAUGGAUAAGUUGAGUCAUGUAAUGUAAGUUUACGUCUACCGAAGUACCUAGACCUACUUAUCAUCUAUCGAACGUUGGUGUUUUUUCAUUUUUAUUUUUGUUUUGCUGUGUUUUCGUAUUCAAAUUCGCCGUAUUUUUAAGUGCUUUGCAAGAUCGAGAAUUAUUUGAAAUCGAGUAAAUAACUCAUAUAUAUUAUGGUUCGAAUUCUUUUUGAUUAUUUUAUUUCGGGCAAUUUGAUGAAGCUUGCUGUUCAAUAUUAUGAGAAUCUCUGCUGAGCUCGAAUGUUCAAAAGCACCAUUUUCGAGGAGUUUUAAACGCCGAUUGUCCACUGUGGGGUGAUUAUUGUUCGCGGAGUUUGCAGAAUCGGAAUUCCACCGUUUUGACAUGGAAGAAUACCCCCUAAUGUUUAUGAAUACGCCGGCUUCGCUGCAAUAUCUCACGUCAGCCGAGAUGGCUUUAAUGGUAUGGCGAUGUAAAUACGCGAGUACGAGUCAUCUAUACGACACCCCUAGAUCAUUCUUGGGGGGAAAUCUGCGAAAAUUCGGCUGCAAAGAAGUACUCGUUGUUCCGAUUCCGCGUCGCAUCGAAGCGCUGAUUAACGACCACAUUCUAAGAAUUGGCGGCGAUCUGUAUUCUUGGAUCGAGUUUCAUGCUGAUGAUAGGAAAUUCUUGGAUGGAAGUUGUGCCGAAGAAUUUUGCCGAUAUUUUAAGCAUCUAGUCGUCGAUUUUACCGGUUCCAUUGGCUUUAAAGCGAGCGCCGAAAAUAUAUUGAAUUCGGGCGAAUUUAGCGACGACGUGCUGAAUUAUGAAAUCGCCUGUACGUUUUGUUUAGAAGACCAAGUCAAGCGGUUCUGGCCUUCGGUAGAAAAUGAUGCGAGAAUAAAAGACGUAAAGUUUGGCCACGAUACGUGCUACCUAUUGUAUUGGCAUGGAUGUAUGAAAUCAGGAAAUUCGAUCAACGAUGCCGAGUUGGCUAAAAUACUGAUUCUGCACACUGUCGGGAGCCAUGGCUACAACGGAACAGCGUUCGACUAUUUUUAUAAAAUGUUACCAGAUCACGAAAGAGAAUCCGUAUUUGAGUUUUUAAUCUCGGAAGCUGGUUACGUAUAUACAGCUCUUAUAUUUUACUCUUCAUCGUUUCAUAAAUUGGACCGAUUCCAAGCUGAAAGGCUAUUCAAACGUGCGGCUGGUUGGAUUUUUACGUUUUUAUUCGAGGAAGAAUAUUAUUUCCAGUUCGCGCUUCGAUUGUGGACUCGUAUGGGACAUUUAGUACUGGAAGAUGCCUCGAUAUCCCACCGAGUCAUUGAUGCUCUGUGGGAAGCGUUACAUGCAGGGUAUGAAUUCAAUUAUAUCCACGAUUUGAUGGUAGAAAUCUGGUCUGAUGCUUCGGACGAAUUGAAAAGUUACAUUUCGGAUGGUUAUCUGACCUACGGUUACGACUGUGGAUUUUCCUAGGUAAACGAGCACAAUGUGGCAUUUGUGUUGGCGUUGCUGAGUAGUUCGCGAAAGUUCUCCAAAGAAAAGGCGUGGGAAAGUGUUUGGCUUGAGGUGGCCUUACGGUCACAGGCUUUAUAUUUCGAACAAUUGAUGAAAUAUUGUUUAACCGAUGACGAUGCCGUCGAACUUUUCAAAGACCGGGUUGCGGAUUCCAAACGUCUUUUCAAAUCGUUGAUCCAAGCAGGAUCUUAUGCAGACUUGAAAGAUUAUCUGAUGUUUUGUUCGAAGGAUACGAAACUGCAGUUUCAACAGCUGGGUAUAAAUGUGCUCGCCUCGAAUCUGUACUUCAUUUUACAACACGAUGACGAUAAAUUCGCUAAAUUCGAAUGGUUCGUCGGCGAACUAUUCUCAAACGUGCGAGAAAACGUAGAUAAAUUCAAAGUCCAGAUUAUCUCGUCUGUUCAAUGUGUGCAGUUUUUGCUCACUGUGCGUCAAGCUGAUGAAGUAAGCUCGAACGAUUUUGGCAGAAUAAUUGACCGAUUUGUUAGCGAUGAACGAGAAUUGCAGCUAGUGAAACGUCAACUAUUUGAGUGUUGUCGCACUUGUUCUCUUGAUUUUAUUUACGAAACGGAUAAAUUCGACGCUAAUCAAUGGCCAAAGUUUCUCGAAUGGUGUACCUCCGAUCAUGAAAAAAUAACAGCCUUCAAACGCUCGUUAAAUGUGGACGUGAUUUUCGUCGCCCAUUUGAGGAAUUAUCUGCGUGAUGAGAGAUAUGGAAGAGUUUCAGAUUUUCCUGGCAAUUUUUUGAAAUGGUAUUUUGACAACGCAGAAGACGAGAAAAAUUUCAAA